AUGAAUAUAGACAGUUAUCGAACAAUCAUAUACUGUGGUACAAAUGACACAUUACAGGCAUACAAACAUAUACGGAUAAGUUAUAAAUAUUACCGUAAUGGAUACUUAUUGAGGUGGUGCGAACAUGUAUUAGAAAGAAUCACAGAAAUAUUUUACAAUUACUGGAAUUCCCUGCAAGUCGAAGAAAGACGGUACUUCACCCUAUUCAUACAGUAUAUAAGCAGCUUGUACUGA